AUGUGGUGGUCUCGCUCGUCCCCUGUGCACGAAGACAACUAUCUCAGGUCAGCCACUGACGUCCUGCACGAAGGCCCGAACGAAUGCCGGUGCAUUAUUCGUGAAGAACUCGACUAUUACCGAACACUUGUCGUCGGGGGCAUCUACGAACUCUCCCAGCCGCAGGACACAGCCUCGAUAUUCACUUUCGCGCCGGCAAUCAAGCAAUGUAUCGACGCCCAUGCACACCUCAGUGCCGUCGCUUCCGCGACCGGGUCCAGUUCUCCUUACUUUGUGUACUGCCCACAGCUCGAUCUCACGAAACAUGUAGAAAUCAGAAACCACCCUCUGGAAAACGACGAGAACGAGGUGAUUAAACGACUAUUGCCGGAGAUACUCGAAACGAAGCUACCAGAAGGCAUUCCUCGGUGGAAAGCAGUCGUCCUGCCGUUCUCCGAGCGGCGGUUCUUUCUUGCAUUUGCAUAUUCUCAUGGACUGUUGGAUGGGAUGUCUGGAAUGGCGUUCCACAGAACAUUUUUGGAUGCUCUCCAGCAAGCGUCACGCGACAAUGACCACCACGGUGGUUCUCCAGCUGAUCUAGUACACUCGUCUCCUUUCCGACCGCUGCCGCCUCCGGUUGACACGAAAGAAAACUUGCCCAUCUCGUGGUCUUUUCUCUUGUCGCCGCUACUCAGCUUGUAUUUGCCUGCUUCGUUUGGCUUUCGAGCGAGUAUUACCACGCCCACAACGUGGACAGGCGCGCCUAAUCUCUACGAGGUCGAUAACUUCAAGACUGGGUUGGAAAUGUUCUCAGUCGACGCAGUCACGGUUGGCCACGUCCUAAAGGCCUGUCGAGCAAAUGGCGCGAAGAUGACUGGUCUUCUUCACGAGCUCAUAGCGGAAGCAAUGCUGGAACUAUUGCCAGAAAAGUACGACACCCUUGUCGCUCAGACAGCCAUCAAUCUGCGCGGCGCUCUAGGCAUAGCGGCUUAUGAGAUGGGCCUUUGCGUUGGCGGCGACACCGACAUCAUCGCGCGAUCAUCUGAAUCUUGGAUGACUGCGAGGUCCGUGACGACAAAGCUGGCGGCCAAGUCAAAGAACACAAAGGACCAGUCUGUUGGGUUGUUGAGGUAUCUGAGCGAUAUUAGGUCGUGGACUCUUUCCAGAAUUGGCAAGGGGCGAGGUUGUUCUUAUGAACUUAGCAACCUGAUGAGCUUUCAACCCGUUAAUACUGCGUCGACUGCAGGAAUGAAACACAUGGUCUUUGCGCAGCCGGCGGCCGCCACGGGGCCCCCGUUGUCUUUCAACGUUGUCAGUGCCCCUGGGGGCCCGAUGACGGUGACUGCCACAUGGCAGCUGGGGGCGUUUGAUCUGGAGUCUAGGGCCGAUAGCGAGACCGAGUUCGUCGAAGCUGUGUGUCAGAGCGUGCAGGCGGCCCUUGGUCGGAUUGCCAAAGAUGUGUUGGACUAG